GACUUCCUCGUCUUCACCAUCAGACGACGCCUUGAAUGAACCCAAUACCUAAUGCGCAUGCGUAAACGAAUGCGGAUUGGUCACAUGAAGAGGAAAUGGCGGGACGACUAUUGUUGGAGAGUUCUCGCUCUAUACUAAAGGGAUUGACACAGAGGGGGCGUGGGUAUGAUAAAGUAGUUGAUAAGUUACGGGUCGUAGCUGCCGCCGACGGGCAAUGUACUUGUGAAAUGGUGGUGAAUGAAGAUCACUUGAACGCUGGCGGCUCUCUACACGGCGGAAUGUCCGCCACUCUCGUCGACGUCGUCUCCACACUGGCAAUCAUGAACACAGGAAGCGGACAUCCGGGAGUUAGCGUCGAUAUUAACGUCACGUAUGUGAGACCUGCAAUGGCUGGAGACAACAUAACUAUUCAUUCUCAAUGCCUGAAGGUUGGAAAAUCACUUGCAUCUGCAGUUGUUGAUAUCAAGAAUCAGGACGAUCAGCUCGUUUGCCAAGGAAGACAAACGAAAUAUGUAAAGUCGACGAAGUAGUCGUACGUUUGAAGAUACCGCGGACGUUUGUAUGAUUAAAGUCACGUGACACAAUUAUUAGUGAUUUAAAAUUAAUUUAGUUGAGAUAGCUACAUGGUUUGAGUUGCAUCUAGCUUGAUUAUUAUAUAUUAAUACUUGUGCACAAU